AUGGACCAGACAGGAGGCCAUUCGGCUCCUCCUGGCUACAGCGAGGAGCCUCCGUCUUACUCACAACCCAACAACUACGACGAUAACGAUGAUAUGAGAACCUCCAUGACCGCGGCUGGAGCGAACGCCUCCGCGACGAUGCGCCUGCUACCCGCUGGCUCAGGAAGCGAUUUGAACGAAAGCUACGAGACCUACGACACCUAUGCUGCUGGUAGUGACCUUGGAAGCGCGCAGUUUGGAAUGCAGAGGUCUUCGACAUUGCAGCGUCAACAGUAUGUAGCAUCUCAACCAGAAGAAAGCAGUACACAGCAAUCACCGCCAGACGCAGCUUCAGGCAACAAGAUACCAAAAAAGUCGCCUGCUACACUUUUCAAAACCACAAAACCAGUCAACUCCCCUUCCUCUGCCUCUCCUAACCCCCAUCUCCUUGCCUUGCCCCAUGACAUUCCUCUUAUGAACCGCUCAAAGCAAAAUCCCCCCAGUCCCUCCUCCAGCACCAGCCCUAUCAAAAACAUCACAGGGGGUAUUACAUCUUCGUUGCGUUUAUGUCACCCUGCUGUUCCUGCUCCACUACGUUUGGCAAGCCCAAAACCACCAUUGACUCUAAGACCGAAGCGUCAAAAUGAUAAUCUUGUCCUUGACGGCUUGAUUCUUCCCCCAGUCCAAACCACUAAUGGAGGAGCAUUGUCAUCCAUCCAGGAAGCAAUUGAUGAAUUAGAAGCUGACCAAAAAUUAACUAGCUCUCCUGUAUCCCCCUCACGAUCGUCAUCCCAACGUUAUCGUCCCCUCCAGCAUCAGCCCUCAAUAGCAGGGGCUCCUACUUCACAACCUGCCUCUGCUAUAGGCCAGGCUCCAGUUAUCCCACCUCCAGGAGCAGCAAAUGUCGAUGGAACCCAAUAUGCUUCACGUCCACCUUCGCCUACCAGGCCGUGGAGUCCUUCUCGUAACACUGCUGGCUGGCAACGGCGCCCAUCAUCUGUUUCGAGCAUUCAUUACGAACCGCCAGACAUCAACGGCAGUCCACGCCCAGGAACUCCAAGUUUAAGAUACGGAGGGAGCCCAAGACGCCCACUCCCCCCAGCACCGUUGUUCUCUGCGCCAGCUCCUGCUUUAUCCAGUGAGACAACUAUUAAUAUUGGAGAAGGUGAUCAAUAUGACGGGUCUGACGACGUGUUUGGAGGCAAUGGUAGAACCAUAAGCCCCAAACGUUCGUCCCAUGGCAGUCUUAGAUCGUACGGAUCAUACUUCAGUGAAUCUACCAUGGUGACGGAGGAAAAGGAACAUAUGAAAAAGGGUAACUUGGAUGAUGACGACGAAGGCUAUGGUGAAGUCUAUGCCCCAGCGCCCACUGGCCGUCAGGACAGAAGAGGUGUGAGACAGGCUUUAAUGACGAAGAAGGAAGUCAAGCUUGUUAACGGAGAGCUUAUCCUGGAAUGUAAAAUUCCUACCAUUUUGCACAGCUUCUUACCACGGAGAGACGAUCGAGAAUUCACCCAUAUGAGGUACACUGCUGUCACUUGCGAUCCCGAUGACUUUGUAGCAAAGGGAUACAAGCUUCGUCAAAACAUCGGCAGUACUAUGAGAGAAACGGAACUGUUUAUAUGCGUUACGAUGUAUAACGAAAACGAAAUCGACUUCACCCGUUCGAUGCAUGGAAUCAUGAGGAACAUCUCUCACUUCUGCUCCAGAACCAAGUCACGAACUUGGGGAAAAGAUGGAUGGAAGAAAAUCGUCGUUUGCAUUAUUGCUGAUGGACGACACAAAGUCCAUCCUCGCACUUUGAAUGCUCUUGGUGCCAUUGGUGUGUAUCAAGACGGUAUUGCGAAGAACAUAGUCAACCAGAAGGAGGUUACCGCUCAUUUGUACGAAUACACGACCCAAGUCUCUUUGGAUCCUGACUUGAAGUUCAAGGGUGCCGAGAAGGGUAUCGUGCCUUGUCAGAUGAUAUUCUGUCUCAAGGAACGAAACCAGAAGAAGCUCAAUUCUCAUAGAUGGUUCUUCAAUGGGUUUGGCCGUGCAUUGAACCCCAAUGUUUGCAUCUUGCUUGACGUUGGAACGAAACCGGAACCUACUGCCUUGUACCAUCUUUGGAAAGCAUUUGAUCAGGACUCCAACGUUGCUGGUGCUGCUGGAGAGAUCAAAGCCGGCAAAGGAAAGGGAUGGGUCGGACUACUCAACCCUUUGGUUGCAUCUCAGAAUUUCGAGUACAAGAUGUCCAAUAUUUUGGAUAAACCGUUGGAAUCUCUGUUUGGAUAUAUCACUGUGCUGCCCGGUGCAUUGAGUGCUUACCGAUACCAUGCGCUGCAGAAUGAUUCCACCGGUCAUGGCCCUCUUAGUCAAUAUUUCAAGGGAGAGAUGUUGCACGGGAAGAAUGCUGAUGUCUUCACGGCUAACAUGUAUCUUGCGGAAGAUCGUAUUCUCUGUUGGGAGUUGGUUGCUAAAAGGGAUGAGCAAUGGCUAUUGAAAUUCGUCAAGAGCGCUGUUGGUGAAACCGAUGUUCCAGAUUCUGUGCCUGAGUUUAUUUCUCAGCGUCGGCGAUGGCUUAAUGGUGCCUUUUUCGCUGCUGUUUAUUCUCUGAUUCAUUUCAGACAAGUUUGGAAAACGGACCACACAGUUGCUCGAAAGAUUUUGCUGCAUAUUGAAUUUAUUUAUCAAUUCGUCAGCUUGGUCUUUACAUUUUUCUCUCUUGCCAACUUCUAUAUCACCUUCUACUUCGUUGCAUUAGCUGUUGCGGAUCCAAAGAUAGAUCCGUUCGGACAUGGAAUAGCCAACAUCAUUUUCAUCAUCUUGAGAUAUGCCUGUGUCUUGCUUAUCUGUCUGCAAUUUAUCCUUUCCAUGGGUAAUCGACCCCAGGGUAUAAUCAUGAUAUACACCACUUUCGCUGGUUUAUACGUCGUCAUUCGUCAAUUCACUGCGAAGGAGAACAAAAGCAAGUUGACUCUGGGACAAAACGUAUUCACUAACGUGAUUGUAUCGACCCUGUCAACUAUUGGUCUGUACUUCGUCAUGUCGUUCAUCUACCUUGACCCCUGGCACAUGUUUACCUCAUCGGCCCAGUACUUUGCCCUGUUGCCGAGCUACAUCUGUACGCUUCAGGUCUAUGCCUUCUGCAACACUCACGAUGUUACCUGGGGUACAAAGGGAGACAACGUCUUACACACUGAUCUUGGUGCGGCACGUAUCACGGGCUCCUCAACAGUCGAGCUUGAAAUGCCCUCUGAGCAACUCGAUAUCGACAGCGGAUAUGACGAAGCAUUGCGCAAUCUUCGAGACAGACUCGAGGUCGAGAAACCAGGCUUAUCCGAGUCCCAGAUGCAGGAAGAUUACUACCGUGCUGUGCGAACGUACAUGGUUUCUGUAUGGCUGAUUGCCAAUGCUAUUCUAGGCAUGGCCGUGACGGAGUCGUACAGCAGCAAGCACAUUGGAAGUAACGGUUACCUGGCCUUUGUGCUCUGGAGUGUUGCUGGUCUGGCUGUGUUCCGUGGCAUCGGUUCUACAGCCUUUGCAAUACUCAACCUCGUCCAGAUGAUUGCUGAGGGCAAGAUGAAAUUCAGCGCUGGCAAGUUCUCUAUUGGUAGCAGUUCAGGAAGCACUAGUGCUCCCAGUUCAAUUGGAAAGAGGAUUCCACACAGGAGUAUUAAGCAUAAAGUUACUGACUUCUUUACCGAAACUGGCUGGACUAUUCAGCGGCACUUCAACAAGGUAGCUUACAAGGCAGCCUUUUGGAGGAGAUAA